AUGAUUAAGGAGACCUCCGAGAGCAUGAAAGCAAUUCACCAACGCCUUUUGGAAGCUCAAAAGAGAACGACCGAGCAAGUUAAAGUGAUUCGCCAAAGAUUAUUGACUGCGCAAAAUUGGGGAAGUAGCGUAUCGCUUGGCCUUGCCACCGAAGCUUUCAGAGUGCACGACGUGUUCCACGUGUCCAUGUUGAGGAAAUACAAGCCAGAUCCAUCUCAUGUCUUAGAGUGGUCCGAACUUGAGUUAGAAGCCGAUGCGUCAUAUGGGGAGGAACCGAUUCGUACACUAGAUUCGCGCGAUCAAGUGUUGAGGGGUAAGACAAUACCGUUAGUGCGAGUCUUGUGGAGUAACCAAGGCAAGGAAGAGUCGACUUGGGAACGUGAAGAUGAGAUUAGAGAGAAGUCUGGUCAUUGUUUUGAAGUGUAUUGUUGGUCUGUGAAAACUGUGUAUCGCGCUGAAAUUUCCAGGCGCAACCCAUAG